GCAUUUCACCAGCAAAACAGACUCCUGCGGCGCUAUGCGACGCGGCAUGCAGCGGGGCAAUACCUAUGUGGAGGUCAGAGAGGUUGGCCAACAGGGACCUUUGGGAAAGCUGUGCGGCUCCCUCUGUAUCAGUUGUCUGGGUGUUGUGAUGUAUUGGGGCUCACUGGCGUUACUGGCCGUGAACGAACAGAGAACUGUGUGCACGCAACGGGCAUUGAUCAGUGCGGCCAACGUCUAUGAGGAAGUGAGCUGCGAUGGUCGUGCUGGUGGUGCCGACCUGCGGAAUUCAGCCAUCUUCUUUAGCUGUCCUUUUGCGGAGGAGUCCUUGGUGUCACGUGGGCCCAACGACUUCGGCGCGAAGGACUUUCUGGGCGAGGCCUUUCGAGUGAAGGCGGUUAAGGUGCGGCAAGAUGUACAGAUGCUGCAAUGUGUUGAAACCAAGACGACGGAGCAGAGGCAACUUGAGGGCGACCGGACCAUCCAGGUGGAUCGCUACAGUUACGACCUCCAGUGGCGUUCCGGCCCCGUGGAUGCCACGAGCUUUCGCGCGUGGUCGAGCAACGCGGCGCGCCAUGCGCUGCGGGAUGGAUGUGGCGCAGGCUUGCGCUCCAAUCCCAACUUCAAGCUGAGCUCUCAAACCUUGAUGGCGCCCUCCUUGAUCUCGGGCGUUUUCGAUCUCACGCGCUUUCUGUCGCAGCUGGAUGUCUCGGAAGCCAUCCCUCUGAAGGGCGGCAUGGGUGCGCCACGACGCACGGCAAAGGAUGGCCAGCCGUACACCUGGGAAGAGUUCGAGGACUACUACCAGGACUCGGCAUGGCGCGAGUGGCGUGCAGCAGCGGAAGCUGAACCCGAUGGAUUUCUUGAAGGCAAUGUGCUUCACACCUGCAAUUACGAGAAGUUGGGAUGUUUGCGCAUCAGCUACUUCAAGUCCUCUGCCACUCACGGCAGCUAUCUGGGCAGCCAGCGAUUGGGCAGAUCUCCUGUCAGAACGCUGCCUUGGAAAGCGCCUCCUUCCUGGAUGUGCAAAGCCACCGAUGUUGAUCUUUUUAGUGGGAAGGAGUAUCUUCAGAGCGCAGAGGA